UUAGUGCCGUGCUGGCCGCGUGUUGUUCACGGGUUUUUGUUUGUUUGUUGUCCCCCCCAACAAUAGAGCUAGCAUAAAUCCCCCUUAAAGACAAAUCAAUAUACUGUAGUUUCCUUGCUCCAGUGCAAGAUGAUGCUGUUUGUCCUCCUGCUUCAGGUGUGCCUGGUGGGCAUCAGUCUCUCUGUGGCCAGUCCAGGUUGGAAUUUUUUCAUGAGGUUUCCGCCUCAUAAUGACCCCACAGCAAAUGCUAGCCACCAAGUAACUAUCACAGCUACUGGUAUUCGGACUUCAGUCACUGUGAAAGUUCUACAAAGUAACUUCAAGCAGCAUAUAGUUCUCUCUGCCAGCCAAUCGGAGAUCAUUCACUUGCCAUUAUCUGUGGGCGGGGCUAGUGCGCGUUCCUCCUCGCUCCUCAGCGUGACAUCUUUACAAUAUGUCAGAGUUUUAGCCACAUUCUGCACCCACACUGGAUGUGAGCAUAGCCUUCUCCAUGAUGUGUCAUCCUGGGGCACCCUCUACUAUCCAGUUACACCAAACUUCCCCAAUCAGACUGGUGUCAGUGAGGUGGUGGUCACCAACUCUGGUAGAGAGACCUCAGUGGACAUCUUCCUCUCAGGAGAAGUGAGCUUUAAUGGCGAUUCAUAUGCUAAGGGAAGUGUCCUUCAGUUGCAUUUAGGGGUGUUUGAGAGCAUCUACCUCCAAAGUAAUGUCAGCCUUGCAGGCUCCAAGCUUUACUCACAAGAACCUGUUGGGUGCAUAGUUGGUUUUACCUGCUUUGAACAUACAGUAGGGAAUUGCUUGUAUGGAUUUGCUGAACUUAAACCAGUCUCUCGUUGGAGUUUUGAAUAUUUUGUUCCCCGUGUGGUAAACGCUGGACUGAACUCCAGCCUCCUUUUGGCUAUGACUAAAAUUGAUGCUGAUCUGGAUGUCAUCACUACAAGUGGGAAGAAGAACUUUUCUCUAAGUGGCGGAGUUAUGAAGACUAUCCCGGUUGUUACAUCAGAUCAUGUUUAUGUAGAGAGCAAUGUCCCACUUCAGCUUAUUUACUUCAGGCAUGACAUUAAGCAGUAUGCUUCUACUCUCACAGCACUGCUCUCAGUAGAUGAUAUCUGCCACACUGGGGCCAUGUUUGAUUCAGAGGACAUUAAUUCACGUAUGGAUAACUUUUCUCAUACAAAUCAUAUCAAAUCUGUUAAGCUUCCUCCUGUGCACACCUUUGCUCUGUUACCUAACAAUGAGUCCAGUUCUACUUAUGUGGACGUGGGACACUUUCUGAACACUCUAAACAAAGAGUCGUAUCCAUCAGUGUGUGAAAAAAAUGCAUCAUCCUGUGAAGACUUGCACUGUGGUCACAAACAAAAGUGCUUCAUCAAAAAUGGACUUCCAUCUUGUUAUUCCGAAACGAAAAUAUGCUCGAUGUGGGGUGAUUCAUAUUAUCGCACCUUUGAUGGAACAUUUUUUGUCCUCCUCGGAAAUUGCAACUACACCUUAGUCCAAACCACCUGUCUAGGAUUAAAUACUUCACUUACACUACAGAUAUUACUUGCAAGAGCAUAUUUAAAUGGUGCCACUGUUUCCAGCAUCCACAGUGUGGAAAUGCAAAUUCAAGGAUUUAAUAUAUCCAUGUUAAAAGGAGAGCAAAAUCAAAUUAGGGUAAAUGGACAUGGAAGGUACCUGCCUCUUACUUUAGGGAAUGGUUACCUGAAAAUCUAUCAAAGUGGUUCCGGUGUUGUCCUUGACACUUCAUUUGGCUUGACUCUGCAGUAUGACUGGGUUCAUAAUGUCCAGGUGGAAGUAGGCCCGGAGCUGUAUGGAGCUCUAUGUGGGCUUUGUGGAAGCGCCAAUGACAACCGUUCGCAUGACACUAUUUCUUCUAAUGGUCUAGCACCGUCCAAAAUAAUGGAUUUUACCUUGCCCUGGGUGUUAGACAGCAAUGCAGGCUCAUGUCUGGAAGACUGUGGACGCGGCCCGUGUCCAGUGUGUAGCCAAAGCACACGUCUAUUUUACCCUGGCAUUAAAGGUGGCUCCCUUGAGAAUAAGUGCACUUUACUGAAGAGGGCUGAUGGACCUUUUAGUGAUUGUCAUUCUUUAAUUGAUCCUGAGCCAUAUGUUUUUAGUUGUGUAAAUAACCAGUGUGUCAGCAGAUUAGCCGGUUCGGUGUGUACAGUCUUCAAGGCCUAUGCCAACAUCUGCCAAAGGCUUGGGGGCAGGAUCCAAGACUGGAGAGCAAGCACGAAAUGCUAUCUGGCAUGUCCACUAAAUAGCCAUUUUGAAGUUUGUGGUUCUGCCUGCCAACCAACAUGUGUUAACCCAGAGGCCCAACAUACCUGCUCCCUACCAUGUGUGGAAUCAUGCCAGUGCAACAAGGGUUAUCUGCUAAGUGAUGGCAAGUGUGUCUCGCCUAGCAAAUGUGGAUGUGUCUACAAUGACUCUUACUACCCCCCCACAAAGACCUUCUGGACAAACGGGGAGUGUCAGGAGAAAUGUGUCUGUCAGCCUCAUUCCAAGACUGUUAUGUGCACUGAGUCUCAAUGCCAGGCCGGCGAAGUCUGCAGGGUGAUACGUGGAAUGCCUGGCUGCCACGCAGAUGGACCUGGUCUGUGUGUCGCUAAAGGAGAUCGUCACUAUACCACCUUUGAUGGCCGUAAGUUUGACAUUAAUGGGAACUGCAGUUACUUACUUGCAUCUCACUGUCCCACCUGGGGAGACCUGCAAGAUUUCAGCAUUGAGGUUCAGAACCAUAUCAGACCGACUGCCAACGUUUCCUUUCGACGUGUACAAAUGUCAGUUGCUGGUUUCUCCAUUGAGGUGUCAUAUGAGUGGAGUAACAAAAUCAAGGUGGAUGGUCUGCUAGUGAACCUACCGUCUAUUUUGAGCCAAGGCCAAGUAUUGCUUUAUCUGAAAGGGCAAACAAAGUGUAUAGAGACAGACUUUGGUGUUGUUGUGACAUAUAGCUCAGACAUCCUAACUAUCACAAUGCCCAGGGGCUUCUCUGAUAAUAUAUGUGGACUGUGUGGGAACUUCAACGACAAUCCUGAGGAUGACCUGAUGCCAGAUGAUACAUUUGAUAUAGUUCAAGCUGUCAGGCAAUGGAGAACAAGCAAUGAACGUGAAUGUUUGGAUCUCCCUAGAAACACCUCAGGUUGCAGUCAACAAGAGCAAGCUCUUUUUCAGGGCAAGGAUUUCUGUGGAAUGUUGUUGGAUCCUGAGGGGGCAUUCCAAAGCUGCCACAAAAUGGUGGAUCCCCAAGAUUUUUAUGAUAACUGUGUUUAUGGUCUUUGCAAUGGGAAUCGGAUGACCCUGUGCCAGAUCCUGUCCAGCUAUGUUGCAGUGUGUCAAGAAGUGGAAACUUUAGUAGAUGAAUGGCGAGAAUCCAAUUUCUGUUUGAUCACUUGCCCACCCAACAGUGAAUACCACCUCUGUUCCAGUCACAAGUCUGCCUGUGUACAAAACCCGAGUCUUCUUUCAGAGAGAUGCAAAGAGGGCUGUUAUUGCAAGCCUGGGUUUUUCCACAGUAGUGGGGAAUGUGUUCCAGAAUCUGAAUGUGGCUGCAGUCAUAAUGGUGUUUACUACAAAAUCCAUGAAAACUUCCACCCUGAUGAAAACUGUCUUAAGUCCUGUGUUUGCGUGGGCCGCAAUGAAGUGCAGUGUACAAACAACACGUGUCCAGCUGAAACUAAGUGUGUCAACAAACAUGGCCGGCGUGCAUGCCAUACUUCUCAAUUAAAAUGUGUAGUCAUGGGCGGGAGACACCUCCAGACCUUUCAUGGACAACCCUUUGAUUUGAACUUUGGAAAUAGUUCUUAUCUCCUUUUCCAACAUUGUGAUGAUCCUGGGCUUUCUGCUGGUGUCCAACAAGGCCAACUUAACCUCAGAAUCCAUGGCAUGAACCUGACAUUGACCUGGAAGAAUUUGGCGAAAGUAAAGAUUGAUGGGGUUUUGAUGGCCCUUCCUGUUCAUAAGAAUGGCGUUGCAGUAAUAUUCUCCGGCUCGCUGGUCCGUGUCAUUUGUCCUGACAUUGGAAUUGUGGUAAUCUAUGGAGGACCUAAUCUGAUACAAUUAGCUAUUCAAGUGACUCAUAAAAGACUUUGUGGCUUGUGUGCAAAUGCUGCUGCUAUGGCCACAGAGGAGCAAGGAAGUCUGAUGACAAAUCAUUCCAUUACACCACUUUCCUUGUGCCUCUCACCUGGAGCAAAUUGCAAUGUUGACUGUUAUAACUGUUCUCAAUGCAACACCACCAUGGAAUUUGCCUCAGAUAGCCUUUGUGGCAUGCUGCUUGCUUCCGAAGGGUCAUUUGGUGCUUGCCAUUCUACUGUGGACCCAAUGCCAUUUUUCCAGAACUGUGUGAAUGACCUGUGCAGGUCUAAUAACGAUGACUUGCUUUGUGAUAACUUGAGACAGUACACGUUUGCCUGCCAGGAUGCAGGAGCUGAGGUUAAACCAUGGAGGGGUGAUAAGUGUGGACUUUCAUGCCCUCAGCACUCCCAUUACAGAAUAUGUGUUAGUGCAUGUUCUGUGUCCUGUGGUGUUUUAUCUGAUGCACCCUGUCCAUGGCCCUGCUAUGAAGGAUGUCAAUGUGACGCUGGACACGCGCAAAGUGAAAAUGGCUGUGUCAGAAAUGAGAAAUGUGGCUGUUUCUUCCGUGGGCAAUACCAUGAGGUUGGAGAGGUCGUGUGGAAUGAAGGCUGCUCGAAGCGGUGUAGCUGCUGUUCCACUGCCACCCUGUGUUGCAGACCAGCUUCUUGCCCUAAGGGGCAGAGCUGCGUCCUUAAUCAAACCUGGCACUGUGCAGAGAAAACCUUGUCAUGCCCAGUGAAUAGCCAUUAUAAGUCCUGUGGAACCGCCUGUCCUGCCACAUGUGAAGCUCCGUUUAUUUCAUCCUGCAACCUGGCUUGUGUGGCGGGAUGCCUGUGUGACCCUGGAUUCCUUCUGGAUGGAGACACUUGCGUCCACCCAUCUCAGUGUGGCUGUAAUUACGAUGGACGUCGUUACCGUAGCAAUGAGACCUUUUGGGCCGAUGAUUCAUGCACUCGACAAUGUAUAUGUGACCCCAACACACACAAAGUGUUUUGCCGUGUGGCUUAUUGCGGCGCUGAAGAAUAUUGUGAUCUUCAGGAUGGACUCAGAAGUUGUGUGAAUCAUGACUAUCAGAUGUGCGCCUACACUGGAAAUCACAUACGCACCUUUGACCAGCACAACUAUGAUUUUCAUGGCACCUGCCAGUAUCAGUUAUUUGGCAUUUGCGAACAAAAGCAAGGUCUAGAUGUCAAAGUGCAUGUUCAGACAGAUGAGCAUCUUCAGUCAGCACGAAUGGUCUUAGUCACCAUAAAUGGACAGCUUAUGAAGAUUGACAGUAAAAAUACAGACACCAUAAAGGUUAAUGACAUAAAGCGAAACAUGCCAUUUUACCCCAGCAAUACUGCGUUGGUGUUUUCACUAGGCCUUCACACUUACAUCUACACAGAGGGCUUUGGAUUGAGUAUCAGCAAAGAAGGGACUGUAAUCAUUGGCCUCUCUAGUAAAUAUGCUAAUGCUACUUGUGGUCUAUGUGGUAACUUCAACUCUGAUCCUGCUGAUGAUCUCACAGUAAAUGGCACACAAGAGCAACUCAAUCCCGAGCAAUUUGGGAAAGCUUGGAGAAGUGGACAGAACCACUGGUGUGUUGAAGGCUGUCUAGCUAGAAGCUGUCCAAAUUGUUCAUCUGAGGCUUUGGACCACUUCUCUGACCCAGGGGCUUGUGGAAAGAUUCUGGAAGUUAAUGGACCAUUCAGAGACUGUCAUAGCAAAGUGGACCCCUCCAGCUUUUAUAAGAACUGUGUCAGUGACCUGUGUCUUUAUGGAGAUGUGCAGCCCGCAGUGUGUCGCUCCCUGGCAGAGUAUGCUGAUGUCUGCCUUUAUCGCAAGGCUCUGGUUUAUGCCUGGAGGAGCCCUGAGUUUUGCUAUGAAUCCUGUCCCUCCAGUACCAUCUACAAUAUGAGUACUGCCCCAAUUCACAUUUGCGUUGGUUGGUACAACUACACAUUUGAGCUCCUUCCAAACUUAGGAGAAAACUGCAUAUGUGAGGCAGGUUUAGUCCACAGUGGAAAUGGCUGUGUGCAACCAAACAACUGCGGCUGCUUGCACAACGGGGAAUAUUUCACACCAGGGGAGGUGGUGUCUACAUGUGACCAAAGGUGUUUAUGUCAUCCUGGGGGAAACUUGACGUGUGUUGAUGUGCCAUGUAGUGAGCAGGAAGAGUGUAAACUUAUCGAAGGCAUUCGAGGUUGCCACCCUAAAGCUAAAAUGACCCACUGCUCUAUUAAUGGAUCCCAGUAUACCACAUUUGACGGAUGGGUGUUUGAAUUUCAAGGUUCAUGCAACUACACUUUGGUACAAACUUGCUCUCCUAAGGACCUUGAUGUAGAGCCCCUUUUUAUAAGUGUGCUUGGUAACAAUAGUGAAAGGAAACAGAUCUAUCUGCAUGUCAAUAACAUGACUUUUAAGAUGUCAACUGCCUAUCCUGGCAAAAUCCAGGUUAAUGGACUUUACCAGAACCUCACAUUCUCUCAGAACAAUGUCACAGUGCAACAGAAAAAUAAGUUGAUGACAUUCAAGACUGCAAAUUCUGUUGAGAUUAUUACCGACCUGCAUGACCACAUAGAGGUUAAGCUUCCAAAAAAUUACCGCCAGACAACAUGUGGCCUCUGUGGGAACUACAAUGGUGACCCCUCAGAUGACAUGCAGCUACCCAACGGCACUGCUGUCUCUAAUCCCGACGUAUUUGGUAGUGGAUGGAAGUUGUCGGACUCUGAAUCCUCAUGCAGCGACACAUGUGACAGCACUUGCCAACGGUGUCUAUCCCCCAUGUCAGAGUAUGCAUCAGACCUGUACUGUGGUCUUGUCAAAAAGCCAAAAGGACCCUUUUCUUUGUGUCACCCUCUAAUAUUCCCACAGAAGUACUACUCUCUCUGCAUGAAAUACGUUUGUGCUACAGACGGCCAAAAGCAGGCUUUAUGUGAUGCACUGGCAUUAUAUGAGGCAGUGUGCAAAGUGGCUGGCGUCAGUGUUGACAAAUGGAGGAACAGCACGGGCUGUGCUCCAAAAUGUCCUCAAUUCAGCCAUUACAGUCAGUGUGCAAAUGUUUGCUCCUCAUUGUGUCCUGGGAUAAAUCUUGCCAUGCAGUGUCCCAGGCAGUGUGAGGAAGGAUGCCAGUGUGACGAUCAGCAUCUUUAUGAUGGCCAUGCAUGUGUGCCAGCUGAUCAAUGUGGCUGCAUGUACAAUGGAAGGAGAUUUAACAUCUCUGAAAGCCAACUUCUGCAAAAUUGCACUGUUAACUGCACCUGUGGUCCUCCCCUUGAUUGUGAGGAGCACAAGUGUCCCCCACUACACGGUUGUAUGGAUUUAGAUGGCAAUUUUAUUUGCCACAAGGAGGAAGAGUGUGAGCCUUUCGGAGGCGUUAAAGAUUGCCACCCCAAAGCUAAAAUGGCCCACUGCUCCAUUAAUGGAUCCCAGUUUACCACGUUUGAUGGAAUGGCGUUUGAAUUUCAUGAUUCCUGCAACUACACUCUGGUACAAACUUGCUCUCCCAAAGACAAUGUGGAGCCACUUCUGAUAAGUGUGCAUAGUAACUACAGUGAAGGCAAAAAGAUACAUCUCCGUGUCAAUAACGUGACUUUUGAGAUGUCAACUGCCUAUCCUGGCAAAAUAAAGGUUAAUGGACUUUACCAAAGCCUCACGUUCUCUGAGAACAAUGUGACUGUGCAACAAAAAAAUAAAUGGACGGCAUUAAAGACUGCACAUUCUGUAGAGAUUAUUACCGACCUGCACAACCACAUAGAGGUCAAGCUCCCAAUACAUUACCGCCAGUUAACAUGUGGCCUCUGUGGGAACUACAAUGGUGACCCCUCAGAUGACAUGCAGCUGCCCAAUGGCACGGCUGUCUCUAAUCCUGAUGUAUUUGGUAGUGGAUGGAAGUUGUCUCACUCUGAAUCCUCAUGCAACGACACAUGUGACAGCACUUGCCAACGGUGUUUAUCCCCCGUGUCAGAGUAUGCAUCGGACCUAUACUGUGGCCUUGUCAACCAGCCAAGUGGACCCUUUUCUUUGUGUCACCCUCAAAUAUUCCCACAGAAGUACUACUCACUUUGCAUGAAAAACCUUUGUGCUGCAGACGGCCAAAAGCAGGCUUUGUGUGGUGCACUAGAGGUAUAUGAGGCAGCGUGCAAUGUUGCUGGAGUCAGUGUUGACCCCUGGAGGAACCGCACAGGCUGUGCUCCAAAAUGUCCUCAAUUCAGCCAUUACAGUCAAUGUGCAAAUGUCUGCUCCUCCUUGUGUCCUGGGACAAAUCUUGGUAGGCAGUGUCCCAGACAGUGUGAGGAAGGAUGCCAAUGUGACACCCGGCACCUUUAUGAUGGCCAUGCAUGUGUGCCAGCUGAUCAGUGUGGCUGCAUGCACGAUGGGAGGAGAAUUAAGGUCUCUGAAAGCCAACUUUUACAAAAUUGCACCGUUAACUGCACCUGUGGUCCUCCCCUCGUUUGUGAGUUGCACAAAUGUCCCCCACUGCAUAGAUGUAUGGUUUUAAAUGAAACGGCCAGUUGCCACAAAGAGAAGGAAAAGUGUAAACUUCUUGGAGACAUUGAAGGUUGCCACCCCAAAGCUAAAAUGACCCACUGCUCCAUUAAUGGAUCCCAGUAUACCACGUUUGAUGGACUGGUGUUUGAAUUUCAUGGUUCCUGCAAUUACACUCUGGUGCAAACUUGCUCUCCCAAGGGCCUUGGUGUAGAGACACUUUUGAUAAGUGUGCGUGGCAACCACAGUGAAAGCAAACAGAUCUAUCUGCAUGUCAAUAACAUGACUUUUAAGAUGUCAACUUUUUAUCCUGGCAAAAUUAAGGUUAAUGGACUUUACCAGAACCUUACAUUCUCUCAGAACAAUGUGACUGUCCAACAGAAAAAUAAGUGGAUGACCUUCAAAAUUGCACAUUCGGCAGAGAUUAUUACCGACCUACACAACUACAUAAAGGUCAACCUUCCAAAUAAUUACAGCCAGACAACAUGUGGCCUCUGUGGGAACUACAAUGGUGACCCCUCAGAUGACAUGCAGCUACCCAACGGCACUGCUGUCUCUAAUCCCGAUGUAUUUGGUAGUGGAUGGAAGUUGUCUGACUCUGAAUCCUCAUGCAGUGACACAUGUGACAGCACUUGCCAACGGUGUCUAUCCCCCAUGUCAGAGUAUGCAUCAGACCUGUACUGUGGCCUUGUCAAUCAGCCAAGUGGACCCUUUUCCUUGUGUCACCCUCAAAUAUUCCCACAGAAGUACUACUUGCUUUGCAUGAAAAACCUUUGUGCUGCAGGCGGCCAAAAGCAGGCUUUGUGUGUUGCACUAGAGGUGUAUGAGGCAGUGUGCAAAGUGGCUGGCGUCAGUGUUGACCAAUGGAGGAACAGCACAGGCUGUGCUCUAAAAUGUCCUCAAUUCAGCCAUUAUAGUCAAUGUGCAAAUGUUUGCUCCUCCUUGUGUCCUGGGAUGAGUCUUGCCAUGCAGUGUCCCAGACAGUGUGAGGAAGGAUGCCAGUGUGACACCCGGCACCUUUAUGAUGGCCGUGCAUGUGUGCCAGCCGAUCAAUGUGGCUGCAUGCAUGAUGGGAGAAGAAUUAAUGUCUCUGAAAGCCAACUUAUACAAAAUUGCACUAUUAACUGCACCUGUGGACCUCCCCUCGUUUGUGAGGAGCACGUGUGUCCCGCACUGCACAGUUGUAAAGUUUUAGAUGGAAUUGCCGGCUGCCACAAAGAGGAAGAGUGUAAAUUUGGAGGAGGCGUUGAAAGUUGCCACCCCAAAGCUAAAAUGACCCACUGCUCUAUUAAUGGAUCCCAGUAUAGCACAUUUGAUGGACGGGUGUUUGAAUUUCGUGGUUCAUGCAACUACACUCUGGUACAAACUUGCUCUGCCAAUGGCCUUGAUGUGGAGCCAUUUUUGAUGAGUGUGCGUGGUAACCACAGUGUAGGGAAAGAGAUCUAUCUGCAUGUCAAUAACAUGACUUUUAAGAUGUCAACUGCCUUUCCUGGCAAAAUCUUGGUUAAUGGACUUUACCAGAACCUCACAUUCUCUCAGAACAAUGUCACUGUGCAACAGAAAAAUAAGUUGAUGACAUUCAAGACUGCAAAUUAUGUUGAGAUUAUUACUGACCUGCACUACCAUAUAGAGGUCAACCUUCCAAAUAAUUACAGCCAGACAGCCUGUGGCCUCUGUGGGAACUACAAUGGCGACCCCUCAGAUGACCUGCAGCUACCUAAUGGCACUGUGGUCUCUAAUCCUGAUGUAUUUGGUAGUGGAUGGAAGUUGUCUGACUCUGAAUCCUCAUGCAGCGACACAUGUGACAGCACUUGCCAACGGUGUCUAUCCCCUGUGUCAGAGUAUGCAUCGGACCUGUACUGUGGCCUUGUCAACCAACCAAGUGGACCCUUUUCUUUGUGUCACCCUCAAAUAUUCCCACAGAAGUACUACUCACUUUGCAUGAAAAACCUUUGUGCUGCAGAUGGCCAAAAGCAGGCUUUAUGUGAUGCACUAGACUUAUAUGAAGCAGCGUGCAAAGUAGCUGGCGUCAGUGUUGACCCCUGGAGCAACAGCACGGGCUGUGCUCCAAAAUGUCCUCAAUUCAGCCAUUACAGUCAGUGUGCAAAUGUUUGCUCCUCCUUGUGUCCUGGGAUAAAUCUUGCCAUGCAGUGUCCCAGGCAGUGUGAGGAAGGAUGCCAGUGUGACGAUCAGCAUCUUUAUGAUGGCCAUGCAUGUGUGCCAGCUGAUCAAUGUGGCUGCAUGUACAAUGGAAGGAGAUUUAACAUCUCUGAAAGCCAACUUCUGCAAAAUUGCACUGUUAACUGCACAUGUGGUCCUCCCCUUGUUUGUGAGGAGCACAAGUGCCCCCCACUACAUGGUUGUAUGGUAUUAGAUGGAAAUUUUAUUUGCCACAAAGAGGAAGAGUGUGAGCCUUUCAGAGGCGUUAAAGUUUGCCACCCCAAAGCUAAAAUGGCCCACUGCUCCGUUAAUGGAUCCCAGUAUACCACGUUUGAUGGACUGGCGUUUGAAUUUCAUAAUUCCUGCAACUACACUCUGGUACAAACUUGCUCUCCCAAAAACCUUAUUGUGGAGCCACUUCUGAUAAGUGUGCGGGGUAACCACAGUGAAGGCAAACGGAUACAUCUGCAGGUAAAUAACAUGACUUUUGAGAUGUCAACUGCCUAUCCUGGCAAAAUAAAGGUUAAUGGACUUUACCAGAACCUCACGUUCUCGGAGAACAAUGUUACUGUGCAACAGAAAAACAAGUUGAUGACAUUCAAGGCUGCACAUUCUGUUGAGAUUAUUUCUAACCUGCACAACCACAUAGAGGUCAAGCUUCCAAAAAAUUACCGCCAGUUAACAUGUGGCCUCUGUGGGAACUACAAUGGUGACCCCUCAGAUGACAUGCAGCUGCCCAACGGCACUGCGGUCUCUAAUCCUGACGUAUUUGGUAAUGGAUGGAAGUUGUCUGACUCUGAAUCAUCAUGCAGCGACACAUGUGACAGCACUUGCCAACGGUGUCUAUCCCCCGUGUCAGAGUAUGCAUCCGACCUAUACUGUGGCCUUGUCAACCAGCCAAGUGGACCAUUUUCCUUGUGUCACCCUCAAAUAUUCCCACAGAAGUACUACUCACUUUGCAUGAAAAACCUUUGUGCUGCAGACGGCCAAAAGCAGGCUUUGUGUGAUGCACUAGAGGUAUAUGAGGCAGCGUGCAAAGUGGCUGGAGUCAGUGUUGACCCCUGGAGGAACAGCACAGGCUGUGCUCCAAAAUGUCCUCAAUUCAGCCAUUACAGUCAAUAUGCAAAUGUUUGCUCCUCCUUGUGUCCUGGGAUGAGUCUUGCCAUGCAGUGUCCCAGACAGUGUGAGGAAGGAUGCAGGUGUGACACCCGGCACCUUUAUGAUGGCCAUGCAUGUGUGCCAGCUGAUCAAUGUGGCUGCAUGUACAAUGGGAAGAGAAUUAAGGUCUCUGAAAGCAAACUUCUACAAAAUUGCACUGUUAACUGCACGUGUGGACCUCCCCUUGUCUGUGAGGAGCACAGGUGUCCCCCACUGCAUAGUUGUAUGGUUUUAGAUGGAACUGUUGUCUGCCACAAAGAGGAGGAAGAGUGUAAGUUUCUCAGAGGCGUUCAAGGUUGCCAUCCCAAAGCUAAAAUGGCCCACUGCUUCGUUAAUGGAUCCCAGUAUACCACAUUUGAUGGACUAGCAUAUGAAUUUCAUGGAUCAUGCAACUACACUCUGGUCCAAACUUGCUCUCUAAAGAACCUUGAUGUGGAGCCACUUUUGAUAAGUGUGCGUGGUAACCACAGUGAAGGCAAAGAGAUCUAUCUGCAUGUCAAUAACAUGACUUUUAAGAUGUCAACUUCCUAUCCUGGCAAAAUCCAGGUUAACGGACUUUACCAGAACCUCACAUUCUUGCAGUACAAUGUGACUGUGCAACAGAAAAAUAAAUGGACGACAUUCAAGACUGCACAUUCUGUAAAGAUUAUUACCGACCUGCACAACCACAUAGAGGUCAAGCUUCCAAAGAAUUAUCACUUGACAACCUGUGGCCUCUGUGGGAACUACAAUGGUGACCCCUCAGAUGACAUGCAGCUACCCAAUGGCAGUGCGGUCUCAAAUCCCGACAUAUUUGGUAGUGGAUGGAAGUUGUCUGACUCUGAAUCCUCAUGCAGCGACACAUGUGACAGCACUUGCCAACGGUGUCUAUCCCCCGUGUCAGAGUAUGCAUCGGACCUGUACUGUGGCCUUGUCAACCAGCCAAAUGGACCCUUUUCCUUGUGUCACCCUCAAAUAUUCCCACAGAAGUACUACUUGCUUUGUAUGAAAAACCUUUGUGCUGCUGAUGGCAAAAAGCAGGCUUUGUGUGGUGCACUUGAAGAAUAUGAGGCAGCGUGUAAAGUUGCUGGAGUCCGUGUUGACCAAUGGCGGAACAGCACAGACUGUGCUCAAAAAUGUCCUCAAUUCAGUCAUUACAGUCCGUGUGCAAAUGUCUGCUCCUCCUUGUGUCCUGGGAUGAGUCUUGCCUUGCAGUGUCCCAGACAAUGUGAGGAAGGAUGCCAAUGUAACACUCAGCACCUUUAUGAUGGCCAUGCAUGUGUGCCAGCUGAUCAAUGUGGCUGCACGUACGAUGGGAGGAAAAUUAAGGUAUCUGAAAGCCAACUUCUACAAAAUUGCACAGUUAACUGCACCUGUGGACCUCCCCUCGUUUGUGAGGAACACAAGUGUCCCCCACUGCAAAGUUGUAUGGUUUUAGAUGGAAAUUUUAGUUGCCACAAAGAGGAAGAGUGUGAGCCUUUUGGAGGUGUUAAAGGUUGCCACUCCAAAGCUAAAAUGGUCCAUUGCUCUGUUAAUGGAUCCCAGUAUACCACGUUUGAUGGACGGAUGUUUGAAUUUCAUGGUUCAUGCAACUACACUUUGGUACAAAUUUGCUCUCUCAAGGGCCCCGAUGUGAAGCCACUUUUGAUAAGUGUGUAUGGUAACCACAGUGAAGGCAAAGAGAUCUAUCUGCAUGUCAAUAACAUGACUUUUAAAAUGUCAACUGCCUUUCCUGGCAAAAUCCAGGUAAAUGGACUUUAUCAAAACCUUACAAUCUCCCAAAACAAUGUGACUGUGCAACAAAAAAAUAAAUGGAUGACAUUCAAGACUGCACAUUCUGUGGAGAUUAUUACUGACCUGCACAACCACAUAGAGGUCAAGCUCCCAAAGAAUUAUCGCCAGACAACCUGUGGCCUCUGUGGGAACUACAAUGAUGACCCCUCAGAUGACAUGCAGCUACCCAACGGCACUGAUGUCUCUAAUCCCGACGUAUUUGGGAGUGGAUGGAAGUUGUCUGACUCUGAAUCCUCAUGCAGCGACAUGUGUGACAGCACUUGCCAACGGUGUCUAUCCCCCGUGUCAGAGUAUGCAUCGGACCUGUACUGUGGCCUCGUCAACCAGCCAAGUGGACCCUUUUCCUUGUGUCACCCUCAAAUAUUUCCACAGAAGUACUACUCUCUUUGCAUGAAAAACCUUUGUGCUGCAGAUGGCCAAAAGCAGGCUUUGUGUGAUGCACUAGAGGUAUAUGAGGCAGCGUGCAAAGUGACUGGCGUCAGUGUUGACCAAUGGAGGAACCACACAGGCUGUGCUCCAAAAUGUCCCGAUUUCAGCCAUUACAGUCAGUGUGCAAAUGUUUGCUCCUCCUUGUGUCCUGGGAUAAGUCUUGCCAUGCAGUGUUCCAGACAGUGUGAGGAAGGAUGCCAGUGUGACACCCGGCACCUUUAUGAUGGCCAUGCAUGUGUGCCAGCCGAUCAAUGUGGCUGCAUGCAGGAUGGGAGGAGAUUUAACGUAUCUGAAAGCCAACUUCUACAAAAUUGCACUCUUAACUGUACCUGUGGACCUCCCCUAGUUUGUGAGGAGCACAAGUGUCCCCCAUUGCACAGUUGUAUGGCUUUAGAUGGAAUGGACGGGUGCCGCAAAGAUGAGCAAGCCUUAGAUGAUCCCUCUGAGGGGAAAUGUGACCCCUCUGAGAUUUACUACCUGAGCAAUGGUGAAGCUGUUUGUGAGAGCCGCCCGGGUCGGUGCUGGACGUGGGGAAGCCAGCAUUACCGCUCCUUUGAUGGGGUCAACUAUGAUGUGGAUGGUACCUGCACAUAUCUGCUUUCAGGUAGCAAAGGUGCCACCUGUGGUGCUCCAUCUUUCAGCGUGUCCAAGAAGAGCAAUUGCAAAGAAGAGUCCCUCGUGCAGUUGGUGACUAUAAAGGUGUAUGGGUUCAUCAUCAAGCUUGGUCACAAGGACAGUAUAUAUGUUAAUGGGGAAGUCAAAUAUAUUCCUUUUACUCUUUUUCACGGUAAGAUUGAAAUGUCAAACAAGGACAACAAGGCUCUACUAAAGACAGACUUUGGGCUGCGUGUUUUGUUUGACUGGAAUACUACGGUUUUCAUCACACUAAAGCCGCAUUACAAAGGCAUUGUCUACGGUCUUUGUGGCAAUUUUAACGAUGAUCCUCAAGAUGAAUAUACAGUUAAUGGACCUGGUUCCCCUCAGUUUAAAACAAGUGUAGAGUUAGCUCAGGCUUAUCGCGUUUUUGAUGACGAGCAGAAGUGUUGUAGCGGUUGUUGUAUAAAGAAGAAACUGGAUGUUGCUACAUUGCUGGAAGAUGUGGCUUACAGAGAACCUUCCAGUGGAAAAAGUUCCUGUGCUGAUUUUGUAUAUCCAGCUGGUCAAUAUGCACCAUGCCACAGUCUUGUCAACCCAGACUCCUUUUUUCAAAGUUGUGUAUCAGACCUCGCAUUUAAAGGUGUAAAAGCUGCCGUUGACCAGACUACAUCAUCGUAUUCCUUGGUUUGUAAAGAGCUCAAUGAAGACUUCCUCUUUGGAGUGACAGCUCCUAUUCGCUGUCCACCGAACAGCCACUAUAAGACUUGUGGCUCAGCCUGUCCAACAACGUGUGGCCUUAAAAACAGAAUCUGCAUUAAAACUUGUGUCAAAGGCUGCUUCUGUAACCCGGGUUUUGUCAUGAGUCCAGAGGGUUGUGUGCCACCUGAAGAGUGUGGUUGCAAAGACUUCAGAGGCAAAUACCACAGCCUAAACUCUGCUUUCUGGAUCCCAGAUGAUUGUGGACAACUCUGCACUUGUAAGCCAGGAGAGAUGAACUGCAGCCCAUCUCAUUGCCCAAAAGGAAUGUCUUGCAACAAACUACUGCACAAGAUGGUGUGUCAAUAUGACAAACCGCAGAACUGUAGCAUCGUCACUGGGAUGCACUUCACGUCGUUUGAUGGACAUCGUUUUGACCUUAGGGACAGUUGUGCAUAUAUUUUUGUUCAAACAAACGCCAACAUCAAUGGACUUGUACCAUUCAAUAUCACCAUCGCUGAUGCCAGUUGCAAGAAGUUUUUUCAUAGUCUAACUUUAAAGCUCUCUGCCUAUGGAUUGGAAGUAGUAAUUGGCAAAGAAGACCCUAGAAAACUUCUGAUUGAUGGGCUGCAUAAACACCUACCAUACUAUCACCACACAGGACAUGUCAGUGCCUACCGCACACCUUUAUCCCUCGUUAUUCACCUUGAUAUGGGGUUGCAGGUGAUAGUCUAUAAAACUGGCACAGUGGUGGUUGUGCUUCCUACCAGUUAUGCUUCUUCUGUUCAUGGACUUUGUGGGAAUGCUAACUCUGACCCCCAUGAUGACCAAAAUAUGCCUGAUGAAGAAAAGGCCCAAAAUGUGCUCGAGUUUGCUCACAGCUGGCGAUUGGGGGGAUCGAUGGCUUGUAGGCCAAGCUGUACUUCCAGAGUAAAGAACUGCCUUGCAGAUGCUCAGAAACUCUUUGAAGGCAGUGAUUUUUGUGGGGUACUUGUAGAUGGACUUGGGCCUUUUGCGGAGUGUGCUUUGAUUUUGGAUCCAAAGCCAUACUUUUACAACUGUGUAGCAGAUACCUGUUCUUAUGGGGGACAUAACCUGGCUCUCUGCAGUUCCAUUGCAUCAUAUACUGCUGCCUGUCAAGCAGCUCAGUUGCCUGUCAGGCAGUGGAGGAGUGACACUUUCUGCGGUAUGACAUGCCCUCAGAAUAGCCACUAUGAACUGUGUGGCCCUCGAUGUCCUGACGUGUGCGCUGGACUUGCCUCUGCCACAAACUGCACUGGUGCUUGUGUGGAGGGUUGCCAGUGUGACCCUGGCUACAUCUUGAGUGAUGGUGAUUGUGUGAUGGCGGUCGACUGCGGUUGCUUAAACGAUGGACAAUACCAUCCUGCUGGUUACUUUUACAACGGUAAAAUCUGUCAAAUUUGUCACUGUUAUGAAGGUAAAUUGUCUUGCAGCCCGUCCCCUUGCAGGCCCACAAAGGGCCUCUUGUCACGUGUUGACAUGGUCUAUCAGAGACACUGGCAAUAUGGAGUAUGUGAAGUGUUUGCAGGCUUGGGCUAUGUGACAUUUGAUGGAUUGUUCAUACCUCACUAUGGAGCUUGCACCUAUUUAAUUUCUGAACGCUCUCCUAAAGCUAUACAUGGUCACACUGUGCUCCUGAGCUUUGAGAAAGACAUUAAUAACUUUAUUGCAAGCAAGCUGGCAUUUAUGUUUAAUUACAUGAAAGUGACCAUCAAUCCAAAGACACCAUGGAUAAUACAAGUGAAUGGUGAAGACUUCAGCGUGCCUUACAACAGUGGUGUACUUCAAGUUUAUGAAGAUGGCAAUACGUUAACAGUCAUCACAGUGGCAGGGGUGAGACUCGAGCUGUCAUCCACUAAGUAUCUCAGACUCAGCAUACCACCGAAUUUUGAUUCGGCUUCAGGACUUUGUGGGAAUUUCAAUGGGGACAAAUCUGAUGACAUGGAACUAAGAACGGGUAAUCUUACCCGAGGUGUUGCAGAGUUUUUGCAUAGCUGGUCUGUUGGACAAACAUGUGGUGAGACUUGCAAAGAAGACUGUGGUCUGUGCAAACUGUCUUCGAAUGCCACAGUAAUGUGUGAUAUCCUCUUGACCACAAGCAUUGAGUUCAACCACUGUUUGAGCAAGGGUGUUGAAGCCCAUCUUUACAGAGAUGUGUGCCUCAGAGCCAUUUGUGGCGGGUUAGCCUAUAUGGAGGCUGUAUGUCUAGCCCUGGAAGCAUAUACUGCAACCUGCCAGGCCAAUGGAGUAACUGUAGGGUCCUGGAGGAAGAACACCCCCUGCUCUUACAAGUGUCCACGCAGCAGCAGCCCAAGUCAGUGUGUUGACUCUGGUUCCAACUCGUGUCCUGCUCUGCUGCAGCCCGGGUCCUCAGCAACUGGCUGUUCAGGAGGCUGUCAGUGCCUGAACGGAAAUGUGUUUGAUGGAGGCGAAUGUGUAGCAGUCGGCAAGUGUGGGUGUAUUGUCCAUGGUCAAUAUGUCAAGCUGGAGGAGCAGUUGUACACUGAGAAUUGCACCGAGAGAUGCUGGUGCCACCCCCUAGGUGGUGCCCUGUGUGAGAAGGCGUCCUGCAGCCCCUGGCAGAUGUGUGCUCUGAGGAACGGCUCCUGGGGCUGUCAUGUUAAACAGGAAGUUUGUCAACUCAAAGACAGCCUGCAGGUCUCCACUUUCACUGGGCAGCAGCUAAGCUUGACACCCAGAACGCCCUACAGGCUGAUGGGCCUUUGCGAUGAGGAUGCUGAAAAUUGGUUCAGCUUGAUCUCUUACAACGGACUCUGCGAUGGCAGCGGCACCAGGCUUGUUACGGUCUUCCAGAUCCUUUUCUUGGGAUUCUCAUUAACUAUCCAAGAUGGCAUAGUGAAGGUGAAUGGACACAUUGUGCCCCUCCCACACAGUUUACCUACAGGGGUGUCCCUGUCACAUGGUGUGACCCAGGACAAGUCAGAAGUGGUGGUGAUCCUGAAGAGAGAUUUUGGGUUAGAAUCUGAGUUGGAAAUGAAAUUUGGUGUUGCUAUGUUCUCACUCAAAGCAGCAUCAUGGUAUACUGGGAAAUUAUGUGGCGUCUGUGGAAACUUCAAUGACACCAACUCUCAAACGCCACUCAAAUCUUGGAUUCUUUCAGAUUUCCAAGGCUGCUCCACUUAGCAGUUUGACAUCUGCGUAACAAUGUAUUAUAAUGUUAGACUGCAUAAUAAAACAUGUUUUCAAGUUUAA